UGUGUGGAACUGCGCGGGGCUUGGCGCCAAGCGGGCCCCGAGCGCCUCAGGGCGGACUGGACUCGCCUCACAGGGGUGUCGCCGCACGGUUGUUGCCCCCGGGUCGUGCCCCUGGUCGUGUGUCGCUCAGGGUCACUUGGCUCCUUUAUUCUUGCGAGGCAGGAUAGGGAGGGUUGUCCGCUAUGGGCGCACACGACGGCUGCUCGCCCUCUCCUCGGCUGUAGUAAACCCACCCAAGGGGAGCCUCGUAUAUCUGCCGUCCUAAAUACCUCACCUCGGGCCGGGCGCUGCGGUUGAAGGGGCUGUUAGGGCGUUUCUGGAGCUGGUAGUGAGCGAUGCGAGAAGGACAUUAAAAUAUCUUUCAAAGAGUUGAAAACAAUCGGCGUCGGGGGUGCGGAAGGAGGCUUGAGUCCACGUUCUUGCUCUGAAGUGACGGGAUGGAGGCCGCUGGCUCCUCCUGCCGUUAGGAGAACAUUAACCUACGGUUCCGCUGUCACUUGAGGGUAAAAAGGGUUAGAAAGUACCUUGCGGAAAACGGCUUAAGGCUAAAUAGGCGCAAACGACAAUGCAAAUACCCGUCUUCACAGUUGAUGCAUUUACAAACCGACCAUUUUCUGGAAAUCCUGCGGCAGUUUGUCUGCUUGAAAAUAGUCCCAGCAGAUGCUUUAUAAAAACAGUUGGGAAUAACGCAAGAAUGGCAAAACCAGCCCUUUCUGUGUUCCAGAAGUGCCACAGGAUGGCAGUGUUUCAAGAAAGUUCUGUUAUAUUUAAUAACAUUUUGGACUUGGAUGAAGAUUUGCACCAAAAAAUCGCAACAGAAAUGAAUCUUUCAGAAACUGCUUUCAUCAGAAGACUGCACCCUGGAGAUGACUUUACCAAAAGUUCCUGCUUUGGACUCCGGUGGUUCACCCCAGCCAAUGAAGUUCCUCUCUGUGGUCAUGCUACACUUGCAGCAGCUGCCGUGUUGUUUCACAUACGAGAAAACAAAAAUGCAGUUCUCACAUUUGUGACGCUGAGUGGGGAGUUAAAAGCCAGACAAGUGGAAGAUCAUAUUGUCCUGGAUUUACCGCUUUACUUAACCUACCCACAGGUACUUCAGGAAGUAGAAGAGUUAAUAAAGGCAGCUGUUGGUGACAUGGUUGUUCAAGAUCUCCGUUAUUCUCCUGACACAAAGAAACUCUUAGUCCGCCUCAGUGAUGCUUAUGAAAGGUCUGAUUUGGAAGAACUGCAAGUGAGCACACAGUGCUUUUUGUCAGCUGAAAAAACGGGAAAGGUGAAAGGACUCAUAGUCACUCUUAAGGGAAAUUCCAGUGGAAAGCAUGAAGGCCAUGAUUUUUACUCCAGAUAUUUUGCACCUUGGUAUGGAAUUGUGGAAGACCCUGUUACAGGAUCUGCCCAUGCUGUUUUAAGCAGCUACUGGUCAGAACAGCUGGGGAAGAAAGAAAUGCUUGCUUUUCAAUGUUCCCGCCGUGGAGGAGAGUUGAAGAUUUCACUGCAUAAUGAUGGAAGAGUUGACAUUGCGGGCAAAAUUGCUAUUGUAUUAAAAGGAAACCUGAUUUUCUGAAGAAAUUGACACUAACAAUUUCAUCUCCCACACCUUCAAAUUAUUCCUAUUAUGCUGAUUAUAUUUAGCUCUAGGCAGUGAAACACCACUGUCCUCAAAAGUCUUUGAUAAUUUAUUGUCCAUUUUUAAAAACUGCUUGAAAAUGCUCACUUCUAAUCUUCAAGAUCCUUGGCAUUGUUUUCUUCACUUUCAUCUCGCCACUUCAUAUGUACACUGACCUCAGAAAAUGUCCAAGGAUGGCUAUCUUGUCUUCUUGCUUUUAAAUUGUUCUUUUCUUUGUUUCCAGAUUCCAUGUUAAAAGCCGUUACUGCUUCCUGGAUUGAAUUGUAAACUUUUCUGAUUGAUAAAACAAUCAAACUUUUCCCAUAUCCAGUUGUUCUCCAUGAAAUCUGACUACAGCCCUUUUUUUUAAAAAAAAUAAUCUUUUCUCUGCCAUAUAUUGAAAUUAUGCUCAUAUGUUCAUUAAUUUACUUGAAUUAAUAUUUGAAAAAAUAUAAAUGGUUUAGAAGUGUGCUUUAUGGUUCCCUUUUAUGAACAGUAUUUUUCAAAGAUUAAUGGUAUUGCAGUGGCUCAUAGUACUGCUGCUUAGUCAAUAUUUUUAAUUAAAGCUUUAGCAGAAAGAUUUAAGAGAUUGACGUAGUGUUGCACAUGAAACUGGUUAAAGGCUGAAAGGAAACUUCGUUGGUUACAACAAUAUCAUUUACUUUUCAAAGACCAAAGAUUUGCUCCUAAAUUAAGUUUCUUCUGUAAUUUUCUUCAUGAAAUGGAGUGCUUCAGAUUUUGUCAAUUUUCCUUUAGUGUUCUCGUCUUUCACAGAAUGGCAGGGGUUGGAAGGGACCUCUGGAGAGCAUCUUGUCCAACCCCCUGCUUGAGCAGGCACCCCCAGAGCAGGGGCACAGGGCCGCGUCCAGGCGGGGGGUGAAUGUCUCCAGGGAAGGGACCCCACAGCCUCCCUGGGCAGCCUGUGCCACUGCUCUGGCACCUGCACAGGGAAGGGUUUUUUUUCUCAUGUCUAACCAGUCUUUCUCUGGAUUUCUUAGGAAUAUUGAACUGUUUCAGUUACUCUAGCUAAAAUUCUGUUUUCCCUGUCACAGAAUCACAGAAUCACUUUUGUGCUAAGCUUUGCUUGAGUUCUUUUUCUUUGGAAUAGUUCAGGAUUAAGUAUUUUGAACUCAAAGGAAUUUUCAUUCUGUGGGAACAGCUGGAUGUCAGCCCUUUAUAAAUGAUGAGGAACUUAGUUGUGCCACGUUCCCCUAUUUCCAGUUAUUCUGAAUUUUAUCAUCACUCAUAACUUAGAUCUUACUUAAGCCCAUGUAGCUGAAGGCAAGUAAGAGUGUGAGAAUCCUAGGAUUGAUUUGAAAUAGAAGUUUCUUGCUUCUGCUGCUACGCAGACUAUGCCUAAAAUAUGAUUUAAAUGCACUACAAAGUUCAAGAGCUAGGUGGCAUGCAGAAGGAAUCACCGAAUGGAAAUGCAUGUUCUUCCUCUGUAUUCUAUCUUGCUGAAGUUCAUGGACCUGAAACGUGGUUUAUAAACAUGGAUCAUCAGGUGCAAGAUGCAAGACACAGCUAUGGGAGCAGCUUAACGGCAAUGUUGCAAUGGCAUUUUUAGCAGCCACCUUGACCUUGCCUUCUCACAAAGCAAAUUGAUCAUGUUCUGGUGAAUGACCUGCAUCUUCUUGAGCCGCAGUACUGCAAGCUUGUUUUGCUGCAUUUGCUACUUCCUACUGGCUCAUGCAAAGAGUGAAUCCAGCCCAUAAUCUGAGAUGCUUUGGAAAAAAACAGCCCUCCUUAAGAACAUAAAUGAACUAAAGAAACAAUUAUUGUUCACCUGUCUACACUUAACAAAUAGACAGUACAAUUAAUUUUUUUACUCUAGGGAAAUAAUAAUGAACAAAGCCUGGUAAAUUUUAAAUAUACUUGCUAUCUAAAUUUCCUGACCAAACCAAUAUCUUUGCUGCUUAAUGCAUUAUUUUUUUUUAUCGUUUACUACGACUUUGUCUCCAUUUCUGUUCAGGAUAGAAAAAUGCCCAGAGCUCAGGUGGGAGGCUAUGCAGUAAUGUGUUUGUAAUCAACAGAUUAGUUAAUCAGCCAUGAUUUAUUAAUGAUGAAUUAAUUAUACCUGAUUGUGCAGUUCUGCUGCCUAAAUGGAGCUUUACAGAAGUUAUUUUAUUAAUCAUCAUUGUGCUAAUUGCAGACACUUACAGAAGGAUUGCUAAUUAAACAUGCAACCAUAUGCAAAACAAGCAAGGCUGCUGAGAGCGGCAAGAAAAAGAGCACUCAUUUUCUGAGUAGCAAAUUUGUUCUCAUGAAAUACUGUGUAGUUGACCUGGAGAUCCUAAUUACUCACUAAGACUUAUUUUAAUACCUUGCACAUUUUCAGUCAACAGUAAAGGAAAUUAAUUGUUGUAACAAAUUCUGUCCAUCUUUCCUAGUGCAACAAAUAGGUUGUGCGAACUUGAAAUAAAAUGAUUUAGAAUUUG